ACCGACUCUCUCUCGCUCCUUGUAUACACGAUGCAUUUUUUUGCGUCUGCUGUGUUGGUUGCCAUCGCUGCAAGUGAUGCGCUUGCAUCACCUGUGAAGGCGAGAUCGCCGUAUGCGGUCAAGGAAACGCACUAUGUACCACGCGAGUGGCAGAAGCUCGGCAGAGCCCAUGGAGCGAAGACCAUUCAGCUGCAGAUUGGUCUCAAGCAGGGGAGGUUUGAGGAGCUUGAUCGUCAUCUUCACGAGGUCUCGGAUCCUGACCAUGUUCGUUAUGGCCAGCAUUUGACCCCCGAAGAGGUCGACGAGCUUGUUGCUCCCACCUCGGAGACCUAUAAUUUGGUUCAUGAAUGGCUCCGUGAGAACGGCAUCAGCACCGACAACUUGGGUUACAGCUCGGCAAAGGACUGGGUUAUCGUUCACCUUCCCAUUGAGAUGGUUGAGAGUCUUCUCGACACAGAAUAUCACACGUACAAGCACAAGGAUGGCUCUGUCGUUGCCCGCACGACUAAAUGGUCGCUUCCCCGCCACCUUCAUAGCCACAUCGAUACCGUGCAGCCCACCACUUCAUUCUUCAAGACCACAGCUCAGGCUUCGACCUUGUAUGAUGAGCAGGCUGAGGUUCCCGCGAGCUACAAGACUCCCUUGAACAACACAAUUGCUGCCGUCUGCAACGUGACAUCCGUCACCCCUGAGUGCUUUCAAACUCUCUACAAGACAAAGUGGUACCAAACCAAAGCCAGCCACAAAAACAGCGUCGCCUUCAACAAUUUCCUUGGCGAGAUUCCUAUCCGCCCAGACACCAAGAAGUUCCUCGAGAAGUACAGACCAGAGGCCGUCUCACAGGCUUACGGCUUCAAGACCAUUUCCAUUGACAACGGACCCCUCCAAGACGGAGCUCUCACCCUAAACCAGUCAGCCAAAGGCACCAGCAGGGAAGCCAACCUUGACGUCCAGGCCAUCGCGGGCAUCAGCUGGAAAACUCCCAUCACCUCUUACUCAACCGGUGGCUCGCCCCCUUUCACCCCUGACAUUACCACCCCCACGAACACAAACGAGCCCUACCUCGUAUGGGUAAACUGGCUCUUGACCCAGCGUAGCAUCCCCAACAUCAUCUCUACAUCGUACGGCGACAGCGAGCAAACCGUUCCCCGCGCCUAUGCCGAGCGUGUAUGCCGCCAAUUCGCCCAAGUCGGUGCCCGUGGAACAACCCUUUUCUUCUCCUCUGGUGACAGCGGUAUUGGCGGCACAGACUCCUGCUACACAAACGACGGCACCAACAAGUACCAAUUCAACCCCAACUUCCCGGCCUCUUGCCCCUACGUCACCACUGUCGGCGCUACCAUGAACUUCCAGCCCGAAGAAGCCGCAUACAGACCUUCUCGCAACACGACUGCCGGAUUCCGGGACCUAUACGCUAGCGGCAGUGGAUUCAGCAACUACUUCUCCCGCCCCUCUUACCAAGACAAGGUUGUGCCCAAGUACAUCAAGGAGCUUAACGGCACGUAUGACGGUCUUUACAACAAGACUGGCCGUGGAUACCCCGAUCUCGCUGCCCAGGGUCUGUACUUUGCCUACUUCUGGAACGGAACGGAGGGUACCAUUUCCGGUACUUCGGCCUCUUCACCCCUGACCGCUGGUAUCUUCGCCCUGGUCAAUGACGCACUAAUUUCAAAGGGAAAGCCUACGCUGGGCUUCUUGAACCCUUGGUUGUACAAGAAGGGUUACAAGGGCCUUACAGAUAUCACAAAGGGAACGAGCCAUGGAUGCAAUGUUGAUGGUUUCCCGGUCACCAAGGGCUGGGACCCUGUUACUGGGUUCGGUACUCCUGACUUCCCGGAGUUGGUCAAGUUGGCGUGCUAAAUAACGUGUAUUUUUGUAAAAUAAGGAGCAUGUGAUGAUAGUCAUGAUGUAUGAAAGUUGAAAUGUAUAUAUUUAAGAAAUUUCG